AGCAAAGGUAAUUUUUUUUUAACUGGAAGAAUUCCUGAUAAACCACCUGUCUUAAUCUACACCAGCUGAGAACGUCAUUAUUUGGACUAUUUCCAUAUAAUUCUGGAAUGACUAGAUUUGAAAACUUAGCUGAUCCAACAGACACUUGGGAAAUCGUUGAGACCAUUGGAAAAGGCACAUAUGGCACAGUCUAUAAAGUUGCCAACAAGAAAGAUGGAAAUCAGGCGGCUGUCAAGGUCCUGGAUCCUGUCAAUGAUGUGGAUGAAGAAAUUGAAGCAGAAUACAAUAUCCUACAGUCUCUUCCAAAUCAUCCAAAUGUAAUAAAGUUUUAUGGCAUGUUCUACAAGGCAGACCAAGUAGCAGGAGGACAGCUGUGGCUAGUUCUUGAGCUGUGUAAUGGUGGUUCUGUUACAGACCUCGUGAAAGGACUGAUCAUGCGUGGCCAAAAGCUGGAUGAAGCUGUAAUUUCAUACAUCUUAUACGGUGCUCUCUCGGGCCUGCAGCAUUUGCACAAAAACAGAAUCAUUCAUCGUGAUGUCAAAGGAAACAAUAUUCUUCUGACAACAGGAGGAGGAGUCAAACUUGUUGACUUUGGGGUUUCAGCACAACUCACCAGCUCACGGUUACGUAGAAAUACUUCAGUGGGAACCCCAUUUUGGAUGGCACCUGAGGUCAUUGCAUGUGAGCAGCAGUAUGACUACUCCUACGAUGCUCGUUGUGACGUAUGGUCCCUGGGGAUCACUGCCAUCGAGCUGGGGGAUGGAGACCCACCUUUAGCUGACUUGCAUCCUGUGAAAGCUCUCUUCAAGAUUCCAAGGUAG